AUCUACAUAUUCUCUCUCUAUCUCUUUCUCUCUCUUCUGUUCUCUGAGAAGAAAAUUCACAGGACUGCUCCUUCGUGUUCUGGAGAUUUCAUUUAGUUGCCGAUCUUAUUCUCUCUCUCCAUCUUUCAAUCUCACUCUUCUUCCACAAAACAUAAUGUUGCGGGUUCAAAAGGGCUGGUUGGUUCUGACUUGAAUUAGCUUUUGACUCAAAAAAAAAAAAAAAAAAAUGGAGGGUGACACAUUCUCUGGUCUUGGCAAUGGUACCCAGAUUGAUAGCAAGGUCUUGAAUACAUUUCAAAAGAGCUUUGUUCAAGUCCAGAACAUCUUGGAUCAGAAUAGGUUACUCAUCAAUGAGAUAAACCAGAAUCAUGAGUCUAAGGUCCCUGACAACCUUACAAGGAAUGUGGGCCUUAUUAGGGAGCUCAACAACAAUGUCAGAAGAGUGGUUGACCUAUAUGCUGAUCUUUCAAGUUCCUUUACCAAAUCCAUGGAAAUUACUUCCGAGGGAGAUUCCAGUGGUGCUGUGAAAUCAGAUGGGAAAGCUGGCCACAAGCGACACAGGCCAGUGUAGAGAGUUUGUUUUCUUAAUUCUUUUGCUUGGUGGAGAAGCACAACCGCACUAUUGUGUUGAGGAGUAGAACAAGAUUUGAUUCUGUAGCUUAAGCUCUCUUGUAUUACAGGACCUUCUCUAGUUCAUCACUUACUCCUUAUAUUUCAAAUAAAAAAAAAAAAAUGAUUCCCCCCCUAAAAUUCCUCUCAUCGUAACCUUGUAAUUUUGGAUCUAAUAGAAAUUAAGCAUGCUUGUGCUAUAAUUUAAUCAUGCUGCUGUUGUUCAUACUGGAAAUAAGAAAGUCUUUUUAUUUUUAUA